AUGGGACUGCCUCGUGGAGUAGGGGACGCGGCGGAGCUGCGCAAGAGUCUGAAGCCGCUGCUGGAGAAGCGCCGGCGCGCGCGCAUCAACGAGAGCCUGAGCCAGCUCAAGGGGCUCAUCUUACCGCUGCUGGGCAAGGAGAACUCUCGCUACUCCAAGCUGGAGAAGGCUGACAUUCUGGAAAUGACCGUGCGCUUCCUGAAGGAGCUGCCUGUGUCCACCUGCCUCGCCACAGCACCCGCGCCCCUGGACAGCUACCGCGAGGGCUACCGCGCCUGUCUGGCACGCCUGGCCCGUGUGCUGCCAGCUUGCUGCGUCCUGGAGCCCGCUGUGAGCGCACGCCUGCUGGAGCAUCUGCGGCGGAGGGCGGCCAGCGCCACCCCUGACUGCGAACAUGCUAGAGACUCCUCUGGUGGCCCAUCCUCUCCAGCGACGCCGCCCGCACCUGCUGCUGCGCCCUCGCCGCCUGUGCCUCCGGGCGACCUCGGUCUUUGGCGGCCGUGGUAG